CCUGCUCUGAGGUCAUAAUACUGCUACUAUCUCGGUGACUACCACCUAGCUGGUAGGCAUGCUUGGCAUGGUUAAAAUUUGAUGCCCAUCGGGAAUGGUUAACCUUGGUGGUAGAUAGUAUGACUCGAUGACAAUCUCCGCCAAGCACAUGUGCGAGUGCUCUCUGCAAGUACUGUAGUGCUGGCUGCUACCCAACUAUCAGGCACUACCUCAUAUCUCCCACCAAGUCCAGUAAUUUGAACGUAGCUAGCAUGGGAUCUGAUCCUGCAGACGUCGCUCCCGCGGUGAUGGGCACGCAGGAUGUGCAAAGGACAACCGGCCGGAGCAAGCUUUACGGCCUCGUGCACAAACUCCCUGCUCACACGGGCUGGGUGAGGAAUCCUAUUCAAUGCAGCCAAUAUCGAUCGACCCGCUCGCGGGAGGCGGGGAAUAUUGCACGGGAGACAGCCUACCAACAUGUAUCAGGACUAGUCUGGCAGGCUAUCAAAGCAAAGAAGGGAGCGCCAGACUCUUUUGUGAGGGUACAUGAAUCGACAAAGCUCGGUAACGGUAGCGAGCAGACUCAAGGGAAGGAUGGAGAGGCUGAGAGCCCUGGAAAACGUGGGCUUAGUCAGAAGAUGAUAGGUAACAUGUCAGGAGUGAUGGCUGUUGCCCCUCGUGUGUACUCAUUGAGCUUGUGUUAGCCGAGCGGCGAUAUCAAGUCGACAGCCGUUGAGGGGAGCGGGACGUUGUGCUAGAGGCCCUUGAGGCCAUGAGGUUGCGACGGCGCUGGCUCCGAGGUGGCUGUGAUUGGCCCCGGUACGAAUAAGUGACACACGCAAGUCGCUGACAGGCUCAAAGUGCCACAAGCCGUAAUGAGGAUGAGUGAGUGAGUGAGCGAAUGGAUGUAGAGCAUCCGGAAUUGGGAUUUCGGACUGCCUGUAUACUGUACAGUGAGCACUGUACGGGUUGCUCA